AGAGAGUGAAGUUAAGGGUCUUCAUUUCACACAGUGUGACUGUCCUCUACGUGGCUCCUGCUCGUUGAGUCUCGUUAUCCAGGGCAUUAGGAGGGCGACAGGCCAUGUACAAAGUACCAGGCCAGGGGAGAUAGUGCUGCUCAUAGCCUCUCAUAGAGAAGAGAAAACCGAAAACUGUCCAUGUUUUCACCAACCCUCUCGUGUGUGUGCUGACAGAUCAUCGGGCAUUUAUCAAUCUGUGUUGUUUACUUCGUCAACUUAAAAAAAAAAAACCUUCGUCUAUCCCUUCAUAUCUGCUACCUCCUUAAUUUCUGCUAUUUUUCGCGAUGGGGUGCUCUUCGUCCAGCGCGCAGACAGUUGACCAGGAGAAGAGACCAGGAACCAAGCACGAGGAGAGCAACGGAGACACCACAUUCCUUGUCAAAAAUGGCAUCGUUGCAGAGGACACAGAGACCAUUGCGGACCAGAUGCAGCUACCGGUGCAGAGUGCCCUGCUAGACGACUUCCAGCCUGGGACCUAUGAAGAAGCUGAGCUGGUGGCCAUAGCCCAGGAGGCAGACGAGAGCCUGGGGCUGGAAGUCGAGGAGGAGACCUUGGCUGUGGUGAUCUCAGAGGCAGAGCCAGAGAGCUUCGCCCCAGUGGCCCCAGCUGAAGUUUCUGCUCCAGUUGAGGCUGCUGUGCCAGUGGAUGUGGCUGCAGUAGAGGCCUCCCCUGCCCCAGUGGAGGCUGCUGCUCCCCCUGCAGCGAGCGAACCAGCCCCGGAGGCAGAGGCAGCUUCGGCUCCUGUGGCUAUAGAGGAGACCUCAGCCCCUGAGCCCCAGCCUCCAGCUGUGGAGGAGACCCAAGAAGCCAUGGAGGUUGCACCACUAGCAGACGCCCCUAGUGCCCUGGAGGUGGUGGUGCCCCCUGCAGCAGUUGUGGAGCCAGUGAAGGAGGCUGUGGAGUCUGCUGCCCCAACUCCAGCAGCAGCAGAACCAGCCCCAGCAGUGGCAGAACCAGCCCCCGCAGUGGCAGAACCAGCUCCAGCAGUAGCAGAACCAGCCCCAGCAGUGGCAGAACCAGCUCCAGCAGUUGCAGAGCCAGCUCCAGCAGUAGCAGAGUCAGCCCCAGCAGUGGCAGAACCAGCUCCAGCAGUGGCAGAACCAGCUCCAGCAGUAGCAGACCCAGCCCCAGCAGUGGCAGAACCAGCUCCAGCAGUGGCAGAACCAGCUCCAGCAGUAGCAGACCCAGCCCCAGCAGUGGCAGAACCAUCUCCAGCUCCAGCAGUAGCAGAGCCAGCCCCAGCAGUGGAAGAACCAGCCCCAGCAGUGGCAGAACCAUCUCCAGCUCCAGCAGUAGCAGAGCCAGCCCCAACAGUGGCAGAACCAUCUCCAGCUCCAGCAGUAGCAGAGCCAUCCCCAGCAGUGGAAGAACCAGCCCCAGCAGUGGCAGAACCAUCUCCAGCUCCCGCAGUAGCAGAGCCAGCCCCAGCAGUGGCAGAACCAGCUCCAGCAGUAGCAGAGCCAGCCCCAGCAGUGGCAGAACCAGCUCCAGCAGUGGCAGAACCAUCUCCAGCUCCAGCAGCAGCAGAACCAGCCCCAGCAGCAGCCCCCUGUGCACCAGUCGAGGGUUCCCCAGCUCCAGUCUCAGUUGUUGCUCCUGCCCCAGAACCUACCCCGGUCCCCGCUUCAGCUCCUGAACCUGCUGUUGUUCCUGCCCCUGAACCUACCCCUGUUCCAGUUGUUGCCCCUGAACCUGUUGUUGUCCCUGCUCCUGCCCCUGAACCUACCCCAGUUCCUGCUCCUACCCCUGUUGCUGUUGUUGCCCCUGAACCUACCCCGGUCCCUGCCCCUGAACCUACCCCGGUCCCUGCCCCUGAACCUGUUGUUGCCCCUGAACCUACCCCGGUCCCUGCCCCUGAACCUGUUGUUGCCCCUGAACCUACCCCGGUCCCUGCCCCUGAACCUACCCCGGUCCUUGCUACGGCCCCUGUUCCAGUUGUGGCCCCUGCUCCUGAACUUGCCCCAGUUGCUGUUCUGGAACCUGCUGUUGCUCCUGCACCUUCUCCAGUUGUGGUUCCUGCUCCUACACCUGCUAUUACCCCUGCUUCUGCCCCUGCUCCAGUCAUUACCCCUGCUUUUGUGCUCCAAGCUGGAGUGAAUGUGUUGGAGACAGUGGCGGCGCAGGCAGCUGCAGUGGUCCUACAGGAAGCACAGAAGGCCAAAAAGGACUAGAGGUCCUCACCCCAACAUGAAGAGGCCUCUGCGCCAAGUGAAAAGAAAAUGAUGAAUAUAUGAGUAAAUAAUGCACAAACCCAAAGAUGCACGAGAAACGGCUACUGGAAAACAAACACACACUUUUACUGUAAAAGCACACACGCACACACACACACACACAUGCCUACCAAGCUGCAGACCAGCUCCAUUCGAUUUUUACUGUGAGUUCUUACACCAGGAUGCCUUCAUAACCUGUUCUUCCAGAAAGAUCACACUGUUUCCUCCAUUUGUACAUAUAAUAUUUCUCACUCCUGGUACUGGCAUUGUUACUGAAAGAAGUGCCUUGAGCCGCGCAGCUCCCUCAAACAGACUGUUUGCUGCUGUGCUGAAGCAGGAUGAUGCACGACGAUGGAUACCAGAGCAGAACUGGGAACAGACUACAGGACAACACUGUCACUUUCUAAACAACAGGGUGGAGUCGCCGUGGUGCGGACCAGCUUCGCGUGGAAAGGCUACAUAGAUUCAUUACUACUUAACUAGCUGCUCCAAUGAUGAGGAAUACAAGCCAAACAUAUUAUAACAACUGUGAAUGCAAAUACAUGUUCUGUUAGCCUAGCGCGCUCAACCAGGCGAAGGAAGAUGGACUCUCACCACACCCUUUCCAUGGUAAUCUCGCUAAUGAUGAAUUCAAAAAGGGUUGACGAGUACAUGUAGGUAUGUGAAUACUAAAGGUUUAACUGUAGAGCAGAGUGUUGAUAUACGAUGGGAUGAGUUUGUGUGCUGCGUGCAUGUCAGGGCUUCUCUUUCCUGUCACCUUGUUUAUAUGAGUUGGUCACAACAUUAAAAAGCUAUUAUGAAUGGAAGUUACUCUGUUUAGGUGACCAUCUACGCUAAGGAAACUGUACAUUGUACCAAAUCUAGACUGUGAGUGAGGCUGGUGUGGAGGAGGUUAUGUGUUGUAAAUCAAAUAUUACAGGAGUCAGUGAUUCUGUUGUUUCAUCCAGAGGACAUGGAUCAAAGUCAAGUAAGCUUCCAUUAGCGGAUCCAUUAACUCUUAUCCUCUUGUUCCUUCAGGCUUUACAACAUAACACACCAACACUGGGUUUGUGGUGCACCUCCUACAGAAACUGAUCCUUUUAACCCUAAACAUAACAGAAUGAAGACCAUUAUAAAAUGGCUUAGGGAAUUUUACAUGUUCAGACUCCAGUGUCUGGUCUUUUCACAGUUUUGAAGGCUCAGUCUCAUCUCAUACCAUGGUUGUGAAAGACUGUGCCUGCCUGUCUAAUGUUGGUUCGUGUGAUGACGAUGGGUAGCGGGAUCAAAUGUUUUCCAUGUUCUUUUUUCUAUGCAAGGCCCAGAAACGAUCACUCUUCUGUAAUAUGUUAUUUCUGAGCUGUGUAUGUGAUGCGCUAAUGUUUUAGUGUACAGUCCAAAUAAAGUCUUGCUUACUAAUACUCA